AAUUUAGCCAAAGUGUUAGAACAUCCCGACGCGCCUAAUGUAGUUAUGGCUUAUCUACUCAGUCUUGAUAUCUCAGAUUGGAAUCCGCAAGAUAUUCCUGCUACUAAAAUGAAAACAGAUACAAUGAUGGAACACCUAGCAAAUCCAAUUCGAUUCAUAAUUGAUCAUAUUUUAUCUUGGCCUGAAAAUAGGACUGAGAAACCAAUAUGUUCGAAUUUAUAUCAGGAUUACCGUAUUUGGUGUGAAAGAAAUGGUGAAAAUUCAUUCACUAGUAAAAAAUUUGGAAAAACACCUCCAACGAUUGGUAUAGAACGCAAGCAAGUACGAACCAAUGGAAAAAGAGAAUGGGUCUACAUCCUUGACCGAUCCAAGAUCAUAGCUAAAUUACGUGAGUCGAUAGGUGAUAUCGAAGAAUUUGCUGACUUAUCUCAAACCGAAACAUCACCCAAUACCUCCACAGAUUUACCCAUAUUCAAUAUACACCGGAAUUUCCAGUUGGCUUCGUCAUCAGUGUCUAUUGCAGAGCAAUGGGACAAAGUCCCUACCGAUAUAUCUCCGUCACCCGAGAUCGUACACGUAGAACUCAUUGACGAUAAAUCCAAACCAGUUUCUGGGGUCAUUAAACCAGCCAAUGAUAAAGUUGAACCAUCUCCUAUCGAAUCAGUGGAAAAUGAACCCCAUAUUUCUCCCGACUUACCUGCAAAUUAUAAAUCCGAACUCAGCAAUAAUGAA